CGCAACGAACGAGCACAUCGCAACCAUGGACAAGUACCGCAAGCUCGAGCGGAUCGGGAAGGGCAGCUUCGGGGCCGCGUACCUCGCCGAGAAGAAGGGCGAUCCCACGGGCACCAAGUACGUCAUCAAGGAGAUCCCGAUCGACCCGAGAGACUCGACGGCCGCGAUCCGAGAGGCGCGGCUCCUCGGCGCGCUCGACCACCCCAACAUCAUUGCGAGCAAUGAGAGCUUUGUGCUGCCAGGUCGCAAAGUCAUGUGCAUCGUGACCGAGUAUGCGGACGGCGGCGACUUGCGCCAGCGCCUUAAGCGCUGCAUGGACGCCGGGCGGCGCCUUCCGGAAGACGCAAUCUUGGAUCUCUUUGUUCAAAUCUGCCUCGCGCUCAAGCACGUGCACGACCGCAAGAUCCUGCAUCGCGACAUCAAGCCCGAAAACAUCUUCCUCAUGGCCUCGAACGUGGUCAAGCUCGGUGAUUUUGGCGUCGCCAAGGUCUUGAGCAACACGCUAGCUUGCGCCGACACACAAACGGGCACGCCGUACUAUACCUCGCCCGAGAUCUGCGUCGGGAAGCGGUACAACCACAAGACGGACGUGUGGAGUCUCGGCUGCGUCUUGUACGAGCUCGUGACGCUCUCCCAUGCGUUCAAUGGCCCGAACCAGCGCCAGCUCUUUCUCAACAUUGCCAACGGAGCGUACGACACGCAGCGCUUGAGCUCGGUUUCGAGCCGGCUCGGUGACCUUGUCCAGGACAUGCUGCGCAAGAACCCGCGCGACCGGCCGAGCAUCAACGCCAUUCUCAAAACGCCGUUGAUCCGUGACCGCAUCCAAACGUUCCUCUCGGCCCAAGAGAUGCAAAACGAGCUUGGCCACACGGUGCUCCAUGGCCAACACAUCUUUCAGCGGCGCGUGAGCAAAGCUCCGGUGCCGUCGAGUCCACGGGCCAUGAAGCAGCCGCCACCGCCGCCGAUCCCGCAAGCCCACGUCCGACCACUCUUGGCCCGGCCGGUUCGUGGCUACGCGGCCCCGACGGCCGUCGUCAAGCAACGCCACGAGGUCAUGGCUCAGAAGAAGGGACGCGUGCAAGCGCUCGUGCAAAAGCAACGCGCGGACGCUGCACUCCGCAACGCCGAAGCCAAAAUCGCCCUCGAGUGCAAAGCCCGGCUUCUCGCAGCCAAGAAGCUUCACGACAAGAAGGACUCGCCGCCAAAGAAGGGACCGCUCGACGUCGGCCGGCGUGUCGCCGCCUUCAACGCGCAGUGGGAGCGCCAGAAGAUCGACUUGUUCGCCAACUUGCCUGGGCCACCGCCCAAGUCGGCGCCCACCAAAGCCGCCGCCGCCGUCGACUUUAAGCAAAAGAUCGAGGCCAAGAAGGCGGAGCUGCUCGCCGCCCAAGCCGUGCGCGACGCAUGCGUCGUCCGCGCGCUGGACGACUCGAGCGUCGGUCUCGGGCCCAAGUACAAGUACCCGCCGUCGGAUCGCGACCUCUCUCGCCUCAAGAUGUGCGAGGACAUUCGAGAGCGUAAGAAGCAGCUUCAACGCGGCGACGUCAAGCACGCGCUCCAAGACCCCGUGAUCCUCGUGCAGGCGCUCAAGCCGCCGCCACCGGAUGUCGAAGUCAUGACCGCGCCCGACACGCUGCACUACGGCAGUACCGUCGGCGUCGCUGCCGUCCUUUCGCCGCGCAAGCCCGCGCUUCGCAUCGACGCGGAUGCGGCCAACGACGACAUGCAGGAGCAGCACGGCCUCGCCUUCCACGUCCAAGAGCUCAUGUCGCCCGAGGUCCACACUCGAGACGGCCGUCAUGACAUUGUUCUGCGUCACAACCAGCUCGAGUACGAGCGCAUGCUGCUCCAGAUGAAGAGCGUCAUGGACGCAGCGUCGUCACCGACAACCAACGAUGACGACGACGACGACGACGACGAUGAUGAUGACGGUGGAGAUGACGACGUGUCGACACCGGACGACGUCUCACCGACGCUAUUACCAUCUCACUUGCCGCUAGCGACGCUGGAAGACCCGGCGUUCGUACGGCAGCUGCAGGCGCUGCUCAAGGACCCGAGCGCCGUGCCGAGUGGGCUGACGGCGCCACUGCUUACAUGGGCACGCGACUAUGUCCAGCACGUCCUCUCGUCGUAAUACGCCUUCGACAAGCAAGUACGGGACGUCAGUGGUUAUAUUGACAAAACAAGGUGGCUAUUCUUCACACA